GCAACCCUAGUGUGUGGAUUAUGCCGCGCGUGAAAGGAAUCGAAUUUUAAUUUUUAAAGUCGAUCUAAAAAAAAUCGAUGUUUGCGAUCGAAUACGCAGUUCUUGAUACUGACAAAGUGAUUUAUUGCAAUGAAAUAAGCAAAAUAUAUUGCGAGUCAUAUUAUAAGAAACUGAUAUAAAAUAUUAAUAAAAUGGCAAAUUAUGUCAAUGUCACAUUAAAUAAUCUAUUAACAUCUUACAAGAAGUGGAUCGUAGCUAAUCCGCACUUGCUGUCAGAUAUUGAAGCUACUGUCAGAUGUUUAUCUUAUUUCAGUUUCGGGCAGUUGCGCAAUUCGAGUUUGGCUGUAGAAUUAAUUUAUUCUAUGCCAAACCUAAUUGUUCUGUGCAAUGAUUUACUUAUGUAUAGUAGUAAAUGUAAGGAUCUGAAGGUACCUCAAUUCGAAUCAAAGAUUAAGAUUUGGCUGACAGCGGUGGAAUAUACUGAGGCAUUGCUUGAGGUGUCAGCUGAAAAGUUAUGGGGUGCAAAGGGAAAAUGGUUAAUAAUUAUUACUAUACAAUUGUUUAAGACCAUAUUGCGAUUGUUAUCGAUUCAUGUAUAUGAGGAGCGUAUGACAAAGAGUCCUGCAACACCACCGCUUAACAGAGAAAAGUUCAACAAAGAUGUUGACAGUAUACAGUCAAAGGAAGGGUUUACGCUGAAAAGAUCAGGCACUGUUAUUAGAAGUAUAAAACAUUCAGUUCCUAUAGAAAUGCGAACAUGGAAAGCUUUGCCUUCUAAUACGGAUGAAAAUAAAAACUUAACCAAGAAUCAAGAAUCUGAGAAAAUUCUUAAAUUAGCUGAGAGUUUUUAUGUCACAAAACCGUUGCUUCACCUUGGUUGUAUGUACAUUACUAACAAAAACCAGUGGCCACCAUGGAUGUUAUCAUUUAUUAUUGAUAUAAUCAGUUUGAAUAUUUUUACUCGCUAUGCUCCAAAAGCAUUAUUUAGUAAAGAAGAGGAAGAAGAACUCGUGCGACGAAGGCUAAGUUUGCUGCUUUAUAUUUUAAGAUCACCGUUUUACGAUAAGUACAGCCGCGUUAAGAUAAAUGCAUUACUUGAUGCAUUAUCUACUUCUGUACCUUUUACCAAGUUAUUGACAAACGUUGUUAAAAAGAAUCUGCCAUAUAUGCAGAGUAUGUAUUUUUAUAUGUGGUCGCGUUAAUUCUUAUGAGGGCUAAGUAAACUAUGAGAAAUAUAUAUGUAAGUAGAAUUCUCACAAAUAUGAAAAUUAUAGCAUAAUUUAAGCAUUCCGUAAUUCAUAAAUAAUCAAAGAAAUGGCAUAUGAAUAAUAUUUUUAUAUUUCUCUCUAUUAUGGUGUUGCACAAUGAAUUUAAAAGGAUAAUAUUUAUAAUCACAUUUGAUAUCUAUUUUAUUUUAUUAGAAAUAAAUUGUAAUUAUGAAGGGCA